AUGCGAGGUUUCUCUUCCCUGUACAGGAAUAGUCUUCAUCCGCUCUCACUGCGGCAUCACACAUCGCGGGUUUUCCAUCACGAACGACUCACCACUUCCAUCUGUUCUUCUCUUCACAGUUAUCAUAAUAAUAAUAAUAAUAAUAAUAAUAAUAAUAAUAAUAAUAUCCCUGGUAUGUGUAGGUGUACACUCUGUAUACCCGUGCGAGCCUACAAUACAACAAUUCCAUCAUCUACUUCUCAUAUAGAAAACAACAGCACUGACAGCGGCUCUAGUGAUUCCCAACCUAUAGGAACAAGUACAGGAGUUAGUAGUACUACUGAUACUACUACUACUACUACUAAUAAUAAUAAUAAUAAUAAUAAUAAUAAUAAUAAAGAUGGAAACUCCUCUUCUUCUUCACAUUCUUCAUCUUCACAUCGUUCACCUCGCACAGUACGUCUACACAACAUGCCGCGUACGUGGAUGCAUGAAGAAGUUGUGGAGUUUCUCCAUCAAGUGGCCGAACAUGCCGGCAUUGAGCCACCAACAACAACACCGUCCUCUUCUCAAGAGAAAGAAGAUGAAGAAGAAGAAGAUACGACGUCUGCUGUACCUUAUGUUACUUCUCCUUUUGUUGUUCGUAUGCAUAUUCCCUUUGGUCGCCGCACUGGUAUUAUCUGUGGGUCUCCUAUUAUUCAACUCACCUCACAUGAUCUCGCUCAUUAUUUAUUACAUGAUUUGACAUUUGACCCAGAUGAUUAUAGAAAUCGUAUCUAUUUUACAGAAGUAGUGGAUGCCAAUCAGAAUAGUAGUGAUAAUAAGAAUAAUGAUAUGGCUUCAUUAUCAGAGAAGGUGGCGAUGGAGGCGGAGCAGCAGGAGGCAUUAGAGGCAUUAGAGUUGGAUCGAUAUUUAUUGGCUCCCGAUCUUUUAUAUGAUAUUGCGAAAAUGCGGCAAAGACGACUUGUGACUCGAAGUUCAAAACUUCUUCUUGAAACGUUUGGAGAUGAUGAGAAUAUUAAUAAUGAUAAUAAUACUGGUGAGAAGGAAGAAGAAGAGGAAGAACAGGUAAUGGAAUCUGUGGAGAAGUUAAAACCGAAAAAACAAAAGAAGCAAAAGACGAAAAAGAAGACUCUACGCCUUGUUGGGGAAUAUAAAGAAAUGGGUCGAGGUUCCAUGCAUAGUGUACCGUUAGCGGUUCCAUAUGUGCAGGGUCGUCGCGGUACAUCGUAA